AUGACCGCGGUUGCACCUCCACCAUACUCCAGUGUCGAAGAUGCCAACGACGUCACUCUAGUACCGGCAAGGGUUUCUCAUGCUCCUUCAUCCUCUACACAAGCAGUAACCGGCUUGAAUAAGGAAACUUUGGCCUCACCUAACACUAAUGCGCUGCCUAAUACUCUACCGUAUGUUACUGCACCAAAUACUCCUCUUCCGGUCCAACAAGGACAACAACAACAACAACAACAACAACAACAACAACAACAACAACAACAACAACAACAACAACAGCAGGCCAUGUCGGCACCAACUCAGACAGCAUAUCUUCCUGCGAUGAAUGUUGUCCCUGGACAGGUUGGUGGAGGUCCUUGCAUGACUUCGCCACCAGUCACCACCUAUGGAACCGGUGCGACGCCCAUGCCUGGAGUUCCAAUGUAUCCUGGUGCGAUCCCUAUGCAGCCAAUGUGCACUCAGCCUGCCACAAUGGGAACGAAUCCAGCAAUGGCCAUGAUGGGUCCGAAUCCUGUUCAGAACGGAGGAAUCAACCUUGUUGUGAACACCAAUGCAAAUUCAAAUUCCAAUUCUAAUAACGCAGGCGGCGCGAAUAGUGCUUCAGCACAACCAGCACCGAGGCCAUGCCCAAAGUGCCGUCUCGGCUAUAUUACCCGCGGUCAGGCACGGUUUAGAGAGAUGUGUAUCAAGGCGCUGGCCUAUGGCACCAUAUGCUGCACUUGUCUUAUUCCUCUUCGUCUUCUCAAGACCAACUAUGUAGACAAGUGCUCCUACUGUGGUGAGGAGUACGGUUUCCGUGGUGAACUUUUCGAGAAACCGAAACCAGUGAAAAUCUGA